GGCAGAGUCCGUUAAAGACAUAUGUGCCUGCUUUUGUGCUAGCAUGUUCAUAGCUGGCUGCACCAUUGUCCUUGUAGGCUCUCUCCCAAUUGCCCACAUCGCCAUAGGUGCAGUUUACAGGAAUGAGUGUCCGGCGGCACCAUUUAUCCCUCUGUACUUGAUUGUGUCGGGGGCUGGGAGCCUCCUGCUGACUGCCCAUCUUGCUUUUCCCAAGUUCAUUGGUUGGAAUGAAGAUGGCCUUGGCUUUAAGUCGUGGCUUUACUACAACAUCAGCUUGUCCCUGUUUUUAUUUAUCUGGUUUAUCUUUGGGAGUUACCAUGUUUAUUCUAUUUAUCCACCCAACUACAACAAGGACACUGCUGACGCGAAACACAACACCAGUCUCAACAGCUCCACUCCUGAUUUCUCUGAACGUGAUAACAAGGUCAACUUCGCUUUGGAGAGCCGCGACCUAACUUUCCCGAAUCUCAGCCGCCAGAACCAGAGCUGGGUCGCUAAUGACAACCAGUCUGUAAUCGGCAUGAUUCAAAGUCUGGCCUUCACUGUUGUUAGCAAUGAGACGAUCACUGGCCAGCCAGAGCCGAGCCAGCCCAUUGGUGUUCGACCUCACUGUAACCGCACCGUCUACCUUUUUGCUUUCUGGACCAUCACACUGAUCUACGGGUUUGCGGCCUUCAGCCUGCUUAUUGUAGGAUGUACAUUCAGUUGUCUGGCAGCUUUGAAAUUGCUUACUGUGCUGCCAUUUCAAGAAAUGACUGAAUAACUGUCGACCAAGCCAUGCCUGUGCAUCGCUUGAUUGGUCAGUUUGAUUCAAGCCAUUUCCUGAGAGUUAAUUCCAUGAAUCCGCCAGGCUAUCACAACACAUCUGAGCCAAAAUUGAGACACUGCCAAGCCUCUCUGUGCAUUUUACAUUUCAGUUGAUUUUGUAUGUUUUAUAUUUCA